AUGGAGUCAGUUUACGACUACUCUCACCCUCACCUGGGGAAUUUUCGUGGUCUUACCUCCGAGUCCACGCAACGUUUUCUAGGUGUCCGAUACGCCAACCUAUCGGACAAAUUCUCGCCUGCCAAGGUGAAUGAAGAGGCAGGUCAUUUAACCGAUGCAACAGCUUUCGGACCAGCCGCUCCAUCGCCACCCAAUGGUGUAGAGCACGAAUUCCAGUUGAUUCAAAAGGCUCUACCGUAUUCGCCAGUAACACAGUCUGACACUGAGUGCCUUAAUCUUAAUAUCACUGCGCCUAAGGGUACCUCACCAACCUCAAAUCUACCUGUAAUUGCUUAUCUUCAUGGUGGAGGAUUUGUCAUUGGAGCGAACUUCUGGCCUCAUUACCGACUUGGAGCGCCAGGCUUCCUAACUUCGUGCGAACUGGUUUCCCACGGGUACAAGCCUAACAAUGGCCUUCAUGACCAACGAGUCGCACUGCUAUGGAUCCAAAAGUUUAUUUCUGGGUUUGGGGGUGAUCCCAGCAAUAUUACACUGGCUGGCGAGAGCGCCGGAGGAGUCUCUGCAACAACGCAACUACAAUCAGAAAUCCCCCUAUUUCGUCGAAUGGUUUGUCUCGGAGGAACAAAUCUGCUCAUGCAACCUUUGCCUGAUGUAGUUUCCGAAAAAACAUAUCAAGAGGUUAUCGGUCGGCUCGGCCUUACGCAGCUUGAGCCAUCUGCCAGAGUAAAGGCUCUUGUACAGACCCCAACAAAGGAUUUGCUAUCAGAGAUUAGUCCCAAAGACCCUCUUCAGCCAACACUGGGGGGGGAUCUCGGGAUUAAGUCUCGUACAUAUGCAGAGAUCUAUGAAGGGUCAUCCGAGCUUGACCUACCAGGAAGGGAAUGGUGCGAGGAAAUCAUGGUCGGCGACAGCCAGAUGGAUGCUAGCAUUUUCGCCAGUAUGUUCGACAGAAAUCUCGCAGGGGUAGCAGAGGCGUUUUACGACUCUUUCACGAGAUCCCUUGGCUCUGAAGAUAGAGCGAUUCAGGUAUCUAAGGCGUACAACAUUUCAGAAGCCCUGUCCGACGAAAAGGCACUGGAAAACAUCCUUAACUUUGCGCAGGACCUGAAGUUUUUCUUCCCUGUGCUAUGCUACGCACAUUGUUGGUCAGGUCGUGCAUAUGUUUUCCACUUUAAUGAACCGAAUACCUGGGAUGGCCCACUCAAGGGUCAUGCAAAUCAUAUACUCGAUGUUGCAUAUCUUUUUCAAAACUACAAUGAGCAUGUGACAGAUCGCCAGCGGGCCGUAGCGACCCAGUUUGCCGAAGAUCUGAUUUUGUUCGCCAACUCAAAAUCGCCCUGGAGACCCUUCAAGUAUGAGAAUAUGGACUUAUAUUCUCGAAUUUAUGGUGUGGAUCUACCAGUUAAUCCUAACCGAGUCGCAACAGUGAAGGGUCCGGUAGAGCUUUCCAAGCGCCGUGAUGUGAUUUUCGAAAUCAUGAAAACAAUUCCCGCGGACGAGCUAUCCAAGGCGUGGGGUAUGUUUAUGACAGGGAUGUAA